AUGGAUUCUGCGAGGGUUAUGAGUGGCAUAGGGCAAUCUUCUGAUGCUCAAGUACGCCCUUCCAUAGACAUUCGUAUCUUGGUUGUGGAUGAUGAUUCAACCACUCUUGCUAUAGUCUCAUCUAUUCUUCAAAUAUUUAGUUACAAAGUUGAGACUGCGAAGAACCCUCUGGACGCAUUGGCAACUCUCCGAAUGCAAAGCGGGUAUUUCGAUCUCGUGGUCACGGAUUUCCACAUGCCUUACAUGAAUGGCUUUGAAUUGAAAAAGCAAGUCGACAAAGAGUUUAAGCUACCUGUUAUAUUGAUGACGGCUGAUGACCAAGAGAAUGUGAUGCUCCAGAGCUUGGAAAGCGGAAUUGCACUCUUCAUACCGAAGCCUGUGAACCCAACUGACCUGAAGGACUUAUGGCAAUACGCGGUUAGGACUCAGAAGGGCAAAUCUGUUGUGAUUGAGGAGAUAGGAAGCAACCCCAUUAUUCCUCCUGCAUUUGAUGAUGAUGAUGAUCUUCAAGGUCAUCAGUCGCCUUCCGGGCCAGGGAGUUCUUGCUCGUCUGGGAAUGCGGGCUCUUCGGCCACGGCGGGCGCUCUGAUCCCGAGGAACCAACCUGGGAAUAAGCGAGGUGGCAGAUCGCCGCCACCAAAUGAUAAUGGCAAAAAUAAGGGAUCAACUUCGACAAAGAAGUCCUGCUGCAGGCCGGAAAACAGGCCGGCCGGUACUACUCCAGGACGCGGUCGCAGGCCGAGGAGGCCCAAGGUGGUUUGGACUAAUUCGCUUCACAAUCGCUUCUUGCUUGCCGUACAGCAUUUGAGCUUUGACAAGGCUGUUCCUAAGAGGAUUCUUGAGUUCAUGAAUGUGCCUGGCUUGACCAGAGAGAAUGUCGCUAGUCAUUUGCAGAAAUAUCGGCUCUUCCUGAAAAAGGUUGCGGAGAACGGUACGUCGGGUGCUUCAAGGAUGUUGGCCGACAGGAUCUUGCUCCGGUCGAGCUUCGCCUCCGGCUAUCCGAUUCAGAUGAUGUUGCAAACUGCGCAGCAACUCUACCCUCAACUUUCCAGGCCAUCUCAGCAAUCGUUGUUUCCACCACCACCACCACCUGCACAACAAUCUCAAUCUCAAUCUCAAUCUCAACCCAACAACGGCAACAAUAUCCCAUCAUCAGCCGGACCAGUCGGAAUCUCAACCCUACUCACCAACCACCAACCGGCCCCGGCGAAUGUUGUGCAGCAACCACUGCUUGGUGCUGCCAACGUCAACGCUGCUGCUACUAGUGGAAAUGUUGUUGCUAGUACUGGUGGGCCUAAUACUUCCUAUGCCUUUGUGAAUCAUGGCGGAAACAACGGCUUCUCCGUCGGGGUGAACCCGAUGCAAGCAUGGCAGCAGCAGAAUCAAGCGAGAGUGGGACCUUUCGCCGGUACCACUUAUCCGUCCAACAACAAUAGUACUCCUGGUACUGUUGGGAACAAUGUGGCACCUGCUAACAAUUAUGUGGCACCAAACAACUCUUCUGGAAUUCACAUGAUCGGGGGUAACAUGGCUGGACACAAUCAAUUACCGGCCAGUGUCGGGGUUCCAAAUGGAAUCAACGGUACAGGCGGCCGCCGCCUAAUUGGAAUGAGGAACGGCCCCGGGCCUAGUGGCAACAUUAUGAAUGGUGUGCCAGUGGGAAAUAUGGGGAGUGGUAAUGUUGGCUAUGGUCAAGCUGGUGGAGCUGGGGCCGCUUCUGGUGGGUUUCAGGGUGCAAACAACCCGCCGGCCGCACCGCAGGCACCGCAAGUUUUGCCCAACAUCGACCAUCGGCAACAGAAUGUUGACAACGGAUCGCUGCCUCCUCCUCCGCCCCCGCCACGGCCGCAAUACCGUUUGGCGAAUUUGGGAAGAGAAAACCAGAACAACAACGACAACAACAAUGCUGAUAAUGAGCUAGGCGAUGUGGUGGACAACAAUGAUCCGGCUUUUGGAUCGGGCGGUGUUUUCCUGAAUCUGGACAACCUUCCACCACCCAAUUACCAGGCUUUGAUUGAAGACAUCCCUUCUGACUUAUCUGAUAUCUCCUUUGAAGAGGACAAUGAUCAUCAAGUCAACACUCCAACAAACCAAGUCCAGAACCCUGAUCCUCUUGCUGCUGGCCCUUCCGUUGUCCAGGAAAAUGCCCCCAAUCUCGAACAAUCUCUUGGCCUCCAGCAGCCACGCAUGAUCGACGAUCUUACUGACCCAUUCCAGCUUAUGCAUAUCGCAAAUAUGCAACAACGUGAUGUCGACUGGGACGAAUUUAUGGAUGCCAUGAUGGAGGAUGAUUAA